AUGCGUCUCUCUCGGUUUUUAACUGUAGUCGCGGCUUCCCUCCUGGUUACCUGUGAGGCCAUCACGACGUCCAUUGAGUUUGACCAAGCCAAGAUAUCUAAAAUGACAUCUCCCGACAGCUCAAGCCAGCGUUUUAUGAGGAACCUACGCUUGGCAGAUGGAGACAAUGAAAGCUCUGAGGAACGGACUCUUACUAUGGAACAAACCAAGGAACUUAAGGCCCUCUGUAAACAGUUGGGCUUUAGUUACAAGAAGCUGUUGACCAAGCCAAACUACGCCUAUAAGAUACCGCAGGAAAAGCUCCAAGAGUACCACACGAAGCUCAACGAGUUUAUUACACGAAACAAGGCACAAAGAAAGUAA